UAAAAAGAAAGAUAACUGAAGACAAUGACCACAAAAACCACAACAGUAAUGACACCGAAGGACUCGUUUGAUCGCUUCGGCGAUGAUUUGGCGGAACUAUUGCUUCAAUAUCUGCCAAUCGAUGACAGACUAAGUCUGGAAUCGGUGUCCAAACAGUGGCUGACAUUGAUAUUCACUACUGAAACACAUUUGGUUUUUGAUAGAAAACUAAGGGAGAGAUUGUUUGGUAAGAACUCAUUGAUUAAUAAGAAACAAACUUUGAAUUUGUUUGAAUCAAUUGUCAAAAAGUGUCCAAACAUUACUACAAUCACUAUAAAAGAUACACAUUUUACUGACGAUUACUUUAAGUUAUUUAAUGAUAACAAAUACUGUUCCCGAUUGACACACAUUAGUCUUAAUCACAGCAGUUAUCUCUAUCACAACAGUUAUGGCAAAUCAUUUGAUUUAUUUUGUCAACGAUUUGGUCAACAAUUACAGACAUUGAAAAGUAAUGGCAUAGAUAUCACCAAUAAAUUGUUUCCUAAAUGUAUGGAUAGUUUUAGAAAUUUGAGGACAUUGGACAUCACUAUAUGGGAAGAAAGUCUGGGAUUGAAUGUUAUAUUUACUGACAAUAAGUUGUAUUCAUUGCCAAAAACUAUGCAAUCAUUUACACUAAGACUGGACAACAAUUUUAUCAAAUUAUUUACUAAAUUUACGACCACUUAUGGCCAACAAAUCAGAUCAUUGACUCUAUUGCCUGAUUAUCUGGAAGAUGAAAACAACUUCAAUACACUGACAGUCGGUUUGUCACAAAUUCAACAAUUGAAACAACUGUCCAUUAUUUUACCAAAUUAUUUUGGCACCGAUCAGACCAUUCAACUGUUGAUAACAAUUGGCCGCCGGUGUCGACAACUGAUAGAGUUUAGCUAUACAUCGAAAGUGUCACGAAUUUACUUAAACCAAAUAUUUGUGUCAAUCAAUGAACACAUGUCACCACAAUUGAGACGAUUAUCACUGGGUUGUUGUCCCAUAUAUGACCAACAGUUUCCACUGACCAGCGGUUCGUUAAAACGAUUGCAUCGAUUGACACAUUUAACACUUCGUAUAUACAAUCAGCGGAUAAUCGUCCAUCACUGCUUUGGGACAGUUGGCACACCUCAUGGAUGUUUAUCUUCCGUGCGAUGCAAACAAACUGAAAACAAGUGA